UUCAGUUUAUAUAAAUUAUUGGACUGUCAUGGAUAGGGAAUUAACAAUGUUCAUUCAUUGCAACAUAGAAAAAAUUAUUUUCAAAUAAAAAAUACACUUGCAUGACCCUGUAUUUUUUUUAUGAUUUUUUUUUCUUACCAAGUACGUGGUAGAAUCAGUCGGCCCUACGGAAAUAGACAAUAGUCAAGAUCAUUGAACUAAGAUUGCAAGAAUAUUCAAAAGAAGGCCUAUGAUUUUUAUUCUUUAAAAAACAGGCUUUUGGAAAUUAUUUGAGAAAACAUAAUGAGACAAAAGGGCAAUUUCUUCACCGGCUACAUAGAAUAAGAUUAUGUUAUUACAGAAAAUGAUAAAGAUCGACAGAAAAAGAAAGAUCAAAACCAGGGUUUCGUAGGAGGUCAACCAUUUGUUGGUUUUGGAUUCCAGGUGGUCAUAGAUUUGGCUGUUUCUUCAUGUCAAAAGGUAUGGCUUUCAAUAUAUGCAUGCCAAAAAGCCACGCCUCUCCUUAUCUCUCCUGUCCCUUCCUCUCUAUUUCUUUCACAUUCUUUUUUCCACGCAUGGCGUGGCUAUAAUAAAUGCACCUGGCCACCGCAGUGCUUUUGGUGUUGCUUUUUCUUCCAAAUUGAAAGUUCUUUACGGCAAUAAUGAAUGACAAGUACCGAACAAUGAAUUGAAGAGAAAGGGUCAAUGUUUUCCUUUUAUAAAUAGAUAUAUACAAGGGAUGUCGAAAGCAAGCUUUCCACAUUCGCCAAGUUGCUUUCAAUUGUUGUUAACUUUAUCGCUUGUUGUUUUCCAAUAUUGAAGUUUCUUAAAGUCUGGUUUUGCUUGUAACACUAAACUGUUGUGUUUAUGUUCUUUUGCCAAAACCCAAACGGGAAAACAUGAAGUUUGGGAAGGAAUUUGCAUCUCAAAUGGUGCCGGAAUGGCAAGAAGCAUACAUGGAUUAUGGUUACCUGAAGACUAUUUUGAAAGAAAUCCAUCUUUUCAAGCAAAAGACCAGACCACCAACCACCCCACGUGGCCUAAGACGAAAGCUGACAUUGUACAGAGCUUUCAGUGGCCUGACCCAAAGACGUAACCAGCCCAUCAGUCCAUCUUCACCAGAUAUCGAAGAUCAACCCAUUUUGGUGAAUUCUGUCAACCGGGAUGGUUCCCAAAGUUAUCAAACAACUUUCCUUAUGCAAGCAGACGAUGGAGGAGAAUACGAGUCGGUCUUCUUUAGAAGGCUUGAUGAUGAGUUCAAUAAGGUGGAUAAGUUUUACAAGAUGAAGGUGGAAGAGGUGAUGAAGGAGGCUGAGAUCUUGAACAAGCAAAUGGAUGCUUUAAUUGCUUUUAGAAUUAAAGUGGAGAAUCCUCAAGGAUGGUCAUGGCAAGACAGGUCAGGUGACAUGACCCGUCUUGCCUCAGAUGUUGCAGCCUCUACAGCUGCAUUGGCUGCUUCUACUCCAGCUGGUGCUAGAGCAAGCAGAAGAGUUGAUCGCAUGGAGGUUAUAGAAGAGGGGCCAAGCAUCCAUGAGGAAUCAGAUGAGGAUAAAGAAGACAAAGAGAGCAAAGAUAUGAAGGAGAAUAUUAUUCAAGUUCAAAGGCCAGAGGUCAAAAACCUUAAUGACCGUAGACCAGCUCCGUUACAAAUACUAAACCGUGUUAAAAUGAACAACACCUUGGAGACCCCUCGAUCAACCAUUAAAGGUUUUCUAAACGUCCCUAAGCAGACUGAGCUGAAGUUUAAUAGGGAAAAUCUGAAGAAAGUUGAAGACCAACUUAAGCGAGCUUUUGUUGAAUUCUACCAAAAACUUCGCCUUCUUAAGAGUUUUAGCUUCUUAAAUACAUUGGCCUUCUCAAAAAUCAUGAAGAAAUAUGACAAGAUCACUUCAAGGAACGCUGCGAAAUCUUACAUGAAAAUGGUAGAUAAUUCUUAUCUAGGUAGCUCCGAAGAGGCUACCAAACUCAUGGAGAGAGUUGAAGCUACAUUCAUCAAGCAUUUUGCAAACUCAAACCGUAGCAAAGGAAUGAAUGUUUUAAGACCGAAAGCUAGGAAACAAAGACAUAGAAUAACGUUUUCUACUGGUUUCUUUGCCGGAUGCACAUUUGCUCUCAUAGUAGCACUUAUUUUGAUUAUUCGUGCCCGAAAUAUCAUGGGUCAGGAAGGAAGGACCCAGUACAUGGAAACCAUGUUCCCUCUUUACAGCUUAUUUGGAUUCAUUGUUCUACAUAUGGUUAUGUAUGCUGCCAAUGUAUACUUAUGGAGGCGGUAUCGAAUUAAUUAUGCCUUCAUAUUUGGUUUCAAGCAAGGAACGGAACUAGGCUACAGAGAAGUGCUCCUUGUAAGUUUUGGUCUUGCAGCAUCGGCACUAGCAAGUGUGCUCUCAAAUCUUGAUAUGGAGAUGGAUCCCAAAACAAAGGAUUAUGAAGCAUUCACUGAAAUUAUCCCUUUGAUCUUGGUGGUGCUUGUGUUUAUUAUACUGUUCUUGCCAUUCAACAUCUUAUAUCGAUCCAGUCGUUUCUUCUUCCUCACAUGUUUGUUCCAUUGUAUCUGUGCCCCUCUCUACAAGGUCACACUCCCAGAUUUCUUCCUGGCAGAUCAGUUAACUAGUCAGGUGCAAGCAUUUAGAAGCCUUGAGUUUUACGUUUGCUACUAUGGUUGGGGAGACUUUAGACACAGACGAAACAGUUGCAAAACCAACGAUGUAUUCAACACUUUUAGCUUCAUUAUUGCUGUGAUUCCAUAUUGGUGUCGCCUCCUUCAGUGCCUACGUCGAUUGUUUGAAGAGAGAGACCCCUUGCAAGGAUAUAAUGGGCUGAAAUAUUUCAUCACAAUCGUAGCCCUUUGUUUAAGAACUGCUUACAGUCUUAACAAGGGGAUAGGUUGGAAAGUAUUAGCUGUCAUUUUCUCAGUUGCUGCUGCUAUUUUUGGUACUUACUGGGACCUUGUCUUUGACUGGGGACUUCUGCAUCGGCAUUCUAAGAACAGAUGGUUGAGAGACAAACUCCUUAUCCCUCAAAAAAGUGUAUACUUUGGUGCCAUGGUCCUCGAUGUUCUGCUGAGAUUUGCGUGGUUGCAAACAGUGUUCAAUUUCAAUUUGUUUGAUUUGCAUAGACAAGCCUUGAUCACCAUAGUCGCCAGCCUUGAGAUCAUCCGGCGUGGCAUGUGGAAUUUCUUCAGGUUAGAAAACGAGCAUUUGAACAACGUGGGAAAGUACCGUGCAUUCAAGUCAGUGCCAUUACCUUUCAACUAUGAUGAAGAUGAAGACAAAGAUGAAUAGGUUGUUCAAGUUCAACAAAGUAAAAGAAAUGUGUGAAACUCAAACAGGAAGCAGCAGUAAAAAACUUGUUGUAACUAAUUAUCAUUUGAUUCUUUCUCCUUGUAGAUCCUGUCCUACACUUUUUGGGGGUGCCAUUAGAAGAUUGAUUAAUCAAAUUAGUGAUUCACUUUCCUCUUUGCUUCCUCAGCUUUAAACAUCUAAUAAAAAUGUCACCAGGGAAGUUAACACAGGAAUAAAACCUGAUUGCUUGAAUAUACAAAACGACUGAGAUCGAUUGAAUAAUAGCCAACUUUUUUUGA